ACUGAUGUGUGUGGUGUUGGUUAGUGCACUUUCACCAAGUUAUCCUCAUUUGUCUCCCCUUUAAUUGAAUUUUAGAGAGAAAAAUUAAACUUUUUUAGUACUUUGAUUAUGAUAAAGUUUCCUUUUUGAAAAAAUGGAAGCAAAGUUAGCACUCAUUAAAUCGGACAAAUUGAAUGGGUUGGCCGAGCAGUUGAAGGAUUGCAGCAUAGAGGAGCAACUGCAGGUCUUGCGCUACAGCUCAAGAUGCGCUUUUGACAAAAACAGUGUUGGGCCUGAUCUUCUCGUCAUUGUUUCUCAGGCCUGUAAUAGGCUGGCAUCAGCAAAAGAUUUCAACCUGGUCACUUAUUAUAAAAGUCUAUAUUACAUAAUCCAAGUGGCUGCAAAGAAGGAUGAACUCCUCGCCGCACUACAGCUGCUCCCCUACAUCAGCCAGCUGAUCAACCAUGGUCAUGUUAAUGCUGAGUCAACAGUUUUCAUCAAGUCCAUGUAUCAACUAGCAUGGAACCUUUCUUUGCGAUGCCCUGACCCUGUAAAUGCUCUGAAGCUCCAACAACACUCGUUAAUUUUUCUACUUUCAUGUGACCCCAACUCACUUAGUAAAGUCGUGGCUCUUGCCGAAAUGACUGCUUCAAAUUUUUCAUUUAAAGCUAAAAGUGAAAACUCAGAAAUGUGUGGAAAGUUCAACUCCUCAUCUGAAAAUACUGAAGGCUGCUGUACAAGCAGUUCAACCUCUGCAAAAAAUGAUGUAGCACAGCAGGUGGUUUCAUUUUAUCACCAGAUUCUCUCCUCUGUCUUGAUUCACAUCUCUAAGUCUGGAACAAUAUUACCUGCUGAUGUUAUUGACGUGAUAACCCUGCUAAGCUCGUGUGCAAUUCACCAGCACACUAACGUCUUGAAAUAUUCCCUGAAGACUCUGAAGAGCUUGUGCAACCAGGAGUGCUAUAGCGCCAUGUACACCGGACUCCAGACUUUGCUUGCGGCUCUCAAGGUUCAGCACUUUGAUGCUGAAGCUGUCAGUGGUUUAGACGCAGCGCUGGGCAUGGUAAAGCAGUACCACUCCAUUGUUAAUGUUGAUGAUGGCGCUCGUAAAGUGGCUCUGCACUGCCUGCUGUGUGUGCUAGCAGCUCUAGAGGACCGUGACUCCCAGGACGCCACGUAUCUGCUGUCGUCAAUUGCUGGGCUUGAGCAAACUCUGAGUUUGGUGCUCACCUAUUGCACACCUGAUGCUGAUAGCUCCAUCAAACUGAAG